CUUGAUAUUAAUCCUGAGAUUCGAAUGUCCACAGAGCAGUUUCUUGAAAUGGAUUCUGCUAUUGCAAGUUAUAAAAUUAUGUCUGAUGUGAAAAUUGUAAAGGAAGUCUUAUGCCGCUCUAAUCCUUUGCCACCUGAAAAUAAUUCUAAAGACGAGAUAGCACUAUUGCCAAUAACUAUAAUGCAAGGAAAAGAAAUACUUGAAG